CCUCCUCGCUUGCCGCCGCCGCCCUCCUCAAGACCCUCCAAGCUCCGGCUCUUCACCGUCUCUCUCGUCUGCCCACCAUGGUCCGCGUCUCUGUUUUGAACGACUGCCUGAACAACAUUGUCAACGCCGAGCGGCGGGGCAAGCGCCAGGUCCUCGUCCGACCUUCCUCCAAGGUCAUCGUCAAGUUCCUCAGCGUCAUGCAGCGUCACGGCUACAUCGGCGAGUUCGAGAUCGUCGACGACCACCGCUCCGGCAAGAUCGUUAUCCAGCUCAACGGCCGGCUGAAUAAGACGGGUGUCAUCUCUCCCCGCUACAACAUCCAGGCACCCCAGAUUGAGUCGUGGGUGAACUUGCUCCUGCCUGCUCGUGGCUUCGGCAUCAUCAUCCUCACGACAUCGUCUGGCAUCCUCGACCACGAGGAGGCGCGUCGCAAGAACGUCGGUGGCAAGCUGCUGGGCUAUGUGUACUAGGGUGUUCUACGACGUCGAUGCCUUGGGCAUCUCUAAAAUGAUCAUGCAUGCUCGAUGCUGUGUUUGCGCCAUGUAUUAUUGUCUGCGUGCUGAACGUAGCUGUCUGUAUACCAGCUGUACUGUACGACGAGUGCGAUGAGGAGAGGUGGCCGGAUAUGUCUAGCGCGGCAACAUGUGAUUGUGCCUUCUGUGGCUAGACGC